CACUCACCACUCCCCACUCACCAACCCUUCAGUCGCCAGAAGAACGUGGAGGGAAGGAGUACGUCACCAUACACGGCUCCAAAUGGCUCUUGAUACCUCUAAGAAGGGGAAAUCCCACCCUAAGGUUUCCCAGGGGCUCAACACCAUGGAUAAAAUCAUCAUGAAAUACAGACGCUGCGACUCCCCUCAUAUAUGGUGGGCUGUGUUUGGUGUGGUCUGCUUGCUUGCUGCUGCCACAAGGUUCUACAAUGUGGGACAACCAGAGCAUGUUGUGUGGGAUGAAACUCACUUCGGCAAGUUUGGUAGUUGGUACAUCAAUCGAACAUUCUUCUUUGAUGUUCACCCUCCUCUGGGAAAGAUGCUGAUUGGAGCCUUUGGUUACUUGACUGGAUAUGAUGGCACCUUCCCAUUUGUCAAGCCUGGGGACUCUUAUGAGGGCGUCAAUUAUUUGGGCAUGAGAGUGUGUUGUACCGCAAUGGGAGCCUGCUUGGUGCCAUUUGCCUUCAUAAUUGUAUGGGAGAUGACCUUCUCACUCCCAGCUGCCACCUUAUCAUCUUCACUUAUUCUCUUUGAUGUGGGGUUAUUGACCCUAACACAGUACAUCUUGCUGGAUCCCAUUCUCCUCUUCUUCAUCAUGGGCUCUGUGGUUGGCAUAGUGAAGUUCCACGGCCAACAAAAAAAGCCCUUCGGUGUUUCUUGGUGGUUUUGGCUCUGCUUCACCGGGUUCAUGUUAUCAGGCUCUGUGUCAACAAAGUUUGUUGGCCUUUUUGUGGUUCUCUACGUAGGUUUGCACACUAUCAAAAACCUGUGGGACCUCUAUGGUGAUCUCAGCAACCCAUUGUCGUAUGUGGCUAAACACUUCUUAGCCCGGGCUCUGGGUCUCAUUGUCCUGCCAAUAGUUCUCUACUGCGUCUACUUCUACAUUCACCUGACAGUCUUGUGUAAAAGUGGCAAUGGCGAUGGUUUCUAUAGCUCGGCAUUCCAGUCACAAUUGGAGGGCAACUCUCUGUUCAAUGCCAGUAUGCCACUCGAAGUUGCAUAUGGAGCAGAAGUGUCACUGAAAAAUGCCAGAACGGGUGGUGGAUAUUUACAUUCUCAUAUCCACUUGUAUCCUGAAGGUGCAGGAGCCCGGCAGCAGCAGAUAACAACCUAUUCUCACAAAGAUUUUAAUAACAAAUGGCUUGUGAAGAAAUGGAAUGAAGAGCCUGGCGAUUGGGAAGAUGAUGAACCUAUAGAACUGGUUAAGAAUGGAGACCUUAUUCGUCUUGAACACGUCCCUACUGGUAGAAACCUUCACUCACACCGUGAGCAGGCGCCUGUUACCAAGAGGCAUCACCAAGUGACUGGAUAUGGUGAAAAUGGUAUUGGAGAUGUCAAUGAUGUGUGGCGUGUUGAGAUAGUAAAUGGCGAGGAGGAGGAAAUGGCAAAGGCAGUAGUUCACAAGAUCAGAUUUGUACACUAUCUGGUUGGAUGUGCUCUCAUGUCACACAAUAAGCAGUUGCCAAAAUGGGGCUAUGAGCAGAUGGAAGUCACCUGUAACCCAAAUGUGCAUGACCCAAACAACUUGUGGAAUAUUGAAGACAAUGUGUUCCCCAAAUUGCCCAACUCCAGCUUUGCGAUCUAUGCACCACACUUCAUAGAGAAGUUUCUCGAGUCGCACACCGUCAUGUUCCAGGGUAACUCUGGCCUCAAACCCAAAGAAGGAGAAAUAACUUCUCAACCCUGGCAGUGGCCAAUAAACUUCAAGGGACAAUGGUUUUCGGCCAUUGAUGGCUUCAAGGUGUAUCUGCUUGGUAACCCCAUCAUCUGGUGGGGCAAUUUGAUUGUUCUGGCUGCUUUCGUGUUCGUCUAUUUCUACCAUGCUUACAUGAUGCAGAGAGGAAAAGUAGUUGAUGCAGAAUACAGAGCUCGUCGUGACAAGACGUUAGAAGCUUGUGGCUGGCUGGUGAUGGCAUGGGCCUUACACUACCUGCCCUUCUACGCCAUGGGCCGCAUCCUCUACUUCCACCACUACUUCCCAGCUCUCCUUUUUUCCUCCAUGCUUACUGGUGUUAUAAUGGAUUACUUGCUAGAGUCACUGCCCAACAUGGUUCCUCAUUACCUGUCCUCAUCGGUUUAUCCCUGGGUUACUGGUCUGUUUUACUCCAUAUUAAUUUACAGCUUCUACCUGUUUGCACCACUCGCUUAUGGGAUGCACAACCUGGACCCAAGUUUUGAGAACAGUACUGUUCACCAAAUUCGCUGGCUAGAUACAUGGGAAUUCUAGACCACAGAACAUCCACAGGCUGCAUUGAGGUAUAAUUUGAAACUUACCUAUUUUUUGUAGUAGAAGAUUGAACAAAUAUUGAACAAGUAUUUAAUAGUACAGUAUUCUUCAUGUAUACUAUACAUUACAAAGGUUACUCAACAUGGUUUCCCCAAGAAACAUCUGAAUCUCGAAUAGUGAAAGGAUUGUGAGGAGGAUAUAUAUAUAUAUAUAUAUAUAGGGUACACUAUUAAAUAUAAAGUAAGCUAUUGUGUUGUUGAUCAAUUUAGUGUUUUGAAAAGGUUUUAUCUGAAAGUAACAUUUUGAUAAUUUAAUAUUAUAACAUUCUUUGGAAAUUUGCAAGGGUUUUAGAGGUUUUGAUAAAUUUGCAGCUGAUUUUACGAGACAGAAUUUUAAGUAAAUGUACAAGUUUCAGAUAGUUGUCUUAUUAUGUUAACCCUUAGGCCCCGGGUGACAUUCCAGAAUGUCCGACCAGCGCGCCCUGGGUGACGUUCCAGAACGUCCGCUUAUUCCCGCGAUUUUUUAUUUUUAUUUUAAGUUGAUUUUUCUCGAUGUAUCCUCGAUGGGAGGAGGUACUGCCAGAAGCACCCUAACCUGGGGCUUAAGGGUGAAACAUAAUCUCCAUAUGUUUCUAACAAAAAUGUAGAAUCUCAAUUUGAUCAUCAUUUAAUGAAUUCUGAAGCCCAGUAAGCUUACUGUGAAUAUCCCUCAGAGGAUGUUGCUAUAAUGUGGUCCUCAAGCUGGUCUUGUAGUUGGUGAUUGUUCCAUUAUUUUAAAGCACAAUUCCUUCCCUCUCAAACUAUUAAUUGUUUGUUCUUUAAACAGCAGAAUAAUUUAACUCGCUGUUCUUGUUUGUACUUGUUGAAAAUAAUAUUUUUGUACAAUUUAUAAUAAAGAUUGGAUUAUCAAGUAUUUACC